AUGAUCCGAUCCAAUGACACGAUCAAAACUCUGGGCCUCCAUGCCAAUGCGAUGACUGCGAUGGGUGUGGAGGUCAUUUGCGAAGCUUUGAAGAGCAACAAGACCUUGCUCAACAUAGAUCUUCGCCACAACAGAUGUGGCGAUCUGGGCAUUGUGGGGGAAGCGAUGGGGAUGAGCUCCGUCCGCGAGUGGGACCUCCGCAGCAUGGGCUUGGGGCCUUCAGCCUUCAAGGCCAUCGCACGCAACUGCGCGAAGCUUCAAAAACUGAACCUGGAAGACAAUGAGCCUGGCUUGGAUGGCUACAUUACUUUUGCCGACCACUUCAAGGGCACAGCGCUGGAGGAGCUCAACUUGCAGGCGCAUGUCCAAGCACCCCCGGAAGCGGCGCAACUGAGCCUCUCUCGAUGCCUCCAGAGCAAUUUGUCCUUGCGAGUCCUGCAGCUGCUUUUGCUUGGAGGCCGCACCUCCACGGAGGUGACACAAGUGCAACUGGGCGCCAUCAAGAACGGCUCGGCCCUGGAGGAGUUGAGUGCGGACACCAUGGAUGAUGACGCCGCUAGCCUGGCCGAGGUGAUAUCUUCAAGCAACCUGAAGAUCAUCCGGUGCCGUUUCCACCAGCCAGAGUCGCUACGUGAGCUUUUCACAUGCCAAAAGGGCUUGAAGGUCUUGGACCUGUCGUCCAGCCGUUUGACGGGCGCUGGCGGCGUUUGGUCGGAGCUACUGCUGCAGCCGCAGCCGGUGGCCGAAGAGCUGUGUUUGUCGAGCUGCGCGUUGAAUCAAGAUGAUGCAAUGGAAUUGGCCAAGGGCUUGGCUUCCAACGCGUGGCUUUUAAAGCUCUCCUUGCGGCGAAACAGCUUUGAGCAGCCAAGUUGGGAGGCCUUGGCGAAAGCGAUGGAAACCAACGGCACUUUGGAAGACCUGGAUUUGGUUGAAACUGGUCUGAACGAUCAAAGCUUCGCAGUAUUGGCAGGCAGCUUGAAAUUCAACAAAUCUCUCAGACGAUUGGAAUUCUCUGGCGACAUCGCAGAUGCGACCAUGCUGGCGGAGCUGCUGGCGGUGAAUGUCUCUCUGCGAGAGAUCGAAUCAGCCGGGGAUUUAUUCACCGGAAAGGGUGUCGAGAUGUUGCUGUCAUCCUUGGAAACCAAUAGCUUCCUCAGCUCCUUCACCUUGGAGCACACCCAGCCGCGGAAGUUCAAGAAGGAUAAGGCGGACUACAAGUUGUACGAGGCUUCUUUGAAGACCAUCGAAUGGCUGGUGGCACGGAAUGAGCACCCAGCAUGGGUUCUGAAUUCCAGCUUUCAGAAAGGCAAUGAGGUCCUGGUAUGCCUCAGGACUCUAGGAGGUGAAUCGGUCCUUGAGCUUCAAGUUGGAGAAGAUGAGACGGUGGCAAAGCUCAUCCGCCUGGUUUAUGAGCGUUUGGGCUAUCUCCGCCCCUUGAGGCUCAUGUUCGCUGAUGGCCGGUUCUGGUAA